AAAACACGCGAGUUAGAGAAGUCCAAUUUCGGAGCAACUGAUUUUCAUCCCACGGUGCGAAAUGUCGGCGGCAGCAGUGAAAGAGCUGGAGGAUUUACACAAAAAGUUGAUCAACGAAGUGGAGUCCUACAAAACUUUGCAGACGAAUUUCGAGAAAGCGCGAGGAGCUCGACAAACUCUGGAGGCUCAACUCCUUGAGAACGAGUCGGUCUACUCAGAGUUGAGCAUGGUCGGUGCCGAUUCGAAGAUCUUCAAACUCGUCGGCCCUGUCCUCAUCACACAGAACUUGGACGACUCGAAGCAAAACGUCCAGAAGAGAAUCGACUACAUCAACGGUGAAUUGAAACGACAGGAGAACGCCUUGAAAGACCUCGGGAAGAAGUCUCAAAUCCAGAAAGACAUCAUCAAUAGUUUACAGAAGACUAUUAAUGACAGAAGGAUGGAGCUGAGCAACGCAGCGGGGUCGAAUAGUGGACAGUGAUUUGGUCGGCAGCUCUUGUGAAGCAACUCCUGCGAUUCGCGCCGAAAGCGCGGCUGAGAUUUCCCGUCGAGAAACUGUUUAUUUUUUCAAGCUGAGGAUCGCCCCAAUAAAUGAAUUCUUGCACUUCGGACAUAAUGUGCUC